UGCUUGGGUUCCCUAUUUGGCUUGGAAGGCAGGCUGUCAGGCAGGCAGGCCUUGGGGGGAGGAGAGAGGGGCCCUGCUUUCGCUCUCCCUUCCCUCGAGGAGCAUGCAGCUGCAGCAGGGGCUCCUUCUCUCCUGGAGAGGCCUGGUGCUGCUCUCCUCCCUUCCUUUCUGGGGAGAGGGAGCCCAGGGGGCCUCCUUUCCUCUCCCAGUAGAACUCCAUCCUUUUCAAUUAUUGCAGACUGUAGCAUUCCAAAAUGCUACUGUCACUGAUGUCAUGGAAGCAAAUGCUUUCCUAGGAGACAUGGAGACCCAUUCGCUUGACAGCCAGAAGAUCAGAUUCCUCCAACCAUGGGCCAGUAGUGCCUUCACACCUCAAGAAUGGGACAUGCUGGAGAAGAUAAUCAAUGCCUACCUUAUAGGCUUCAAAAAAACCAUCAACGACAUGGCUAAGACUUUUAAUGCUAGCUAUCCUCUUGUUAUUCAGUCCUUGAUUUUUUGUGAGAUUGAAUCUAAUGGGACAACGAGAGGUUUCUAUAAUGGCGCUGCAAAUGGAGAAGUGAUGGUUGUAUUAGAUGCUGAUAAUGCUGCCUGGGUUGCCCAAAAGAAGGAUAAGCUCACUCUCAGCGUUCAAGCCUACCUCAACAAAGACAAGGGCACAAUUUCAACCCUUCGCAGCCUGUUGUCAAACCAGUGUAUCAAAGCUCUCAAGAGCUUUCUUCAAGCUGGAAAGGCAAGUCUGGACAGGCAAGAGGUGCCUGAUGCUGUGGUUUUUGCUCAGGAGUCUCCUGACUCUUUGCUGUUAGUUUGCCGAGUCACUGGUUUCUAUCCACGCCUGGUGAAUGUCUCCUGGCUGCAAGAUGAGAAGGCCUUACCCAGCUCAGCAGUCAACUCCACUGGCAUCUUGCCUAACCAUGACUUGACCUAUCAGACCAGGAGUUCUCUGACUAUUAAGUCAGCAGAUAUUGCACAUAGUUAUGCUUGCAGAGUGGAGCACAGCAGCCUGGACAAGAGAAGUCUUGUCAUCCCUUGGAAAAGGAAAUCUGGAGUGGCUGUACCAGUAAUAAUCGGCAUCCUCGUUCCUUUGUUGAUAGCUGUCUCAGCAGUAAUAUUUUAUUGGUGGCGGAAACGUCGCCAUUAUGAAGGCAUAAAUCAAGCAUAGCGUGCAGUCUGGGAAAAACUAAGGAAACCGAUGUAGCGAGACAGAGAAGAAGCAACUAUGCAAAACAUGAGAUAUUCCAUACCUAAUAUUCUCGUUGUGUACCUUCAAGUCAUUUUCGGCUUAUGGCAACUCUUAGGCAACCCUAUCAUAGGGAUUUUUUGGCAUGAUUUGUUUAGAGGAGGUUUGCCAUUGUCUUCUCCUGAGGCUGAGAGAUUGUGACUUGCCCAAGGUUAUUUAGUGGGCUUCCAUGGCUGACUCUCUACGUAAAAAGAUUGCAGGUGGCAGACACUGAAAAGUUUCUACCUGUUUUCUUAGAGUUCUUCUCCAUCUUUCACUGUGAGUUGGAAUAAAAACAUCAAUAAGCUAUGAAUUUAUGGUUUUAUGUUUGUAAGCCACUUCAAGGGCAUUGCCAGGUGGUAGCGGAUGAACAUUUUACACAAAUCGCUGGAAUUCUAGUUCAUACUUUGAGCAUCUGCUGGAGUGAGCGAUAGUCUACAGAAGCUCAUGCUGUUGUAAAUGUGUUAGUCUUUAAGGCAGUGGUGGUGAUCAUGUGCUCUUCCAUAUAUCUGAUCACAACACCCACCGUAACUAAUGCUGAGGAAUGCUACAGGCCAAAAUCUGUUGGAGGGCUAUAUGAUCCUGGAGAAUGAUUUUGGUUCUAUGGACUAACAUAGCAGCUAAUUUGCAAAUUACUUUAUAGAGGUGCUGUAACUGACAAUGAAAUAAAUCUUGUAAAGUGCUUUUCUUAUAGAAAUAAAUCAUAGUUUUAAUUACUGCUA